AUGGUUCUAACUGUUGCACAAACAUCAUUCUUAUCAAAUAUAAGAAACAAAAGUAGAUUGAUACAAAUGUUGUCUUCAUAUUUGAUAAGUAAAGGUUACAUUAUUAAACAAGCCAAUGACGAUGCCGACACUGUAAUUGUAAAUGAAGCUAUAAAGAGGGCACAAGGUCAAUACGUUGUUGUAGUUGAUCAAGAUAUCGAUUUACUGGUUUUAUUAAUAGCUCAUACACCGGUAGAAAAUCAGAUCGUAUUUUUAAAACCUGGAAAUGGAGGAAAUUAA